CAACUCCCGCAGAGAAGUUUCCAUUUUGAGCAUUAGCUUUGCCAUUUGCCACCACCACUGCGAGGAGAAGAGGAGAAGAACGUACGACAUCCAGAUAAACUUAAACCAUUACCCAAAUACUCACUCUUUAGGUCUUCACUUUCCCCAUUGUCUCUCUUCUUCUCGCAUUCUCUCAUAUUUCAGACAUCAACCGACCUUUUUUACCAAUCGUCUUCGAUUCUUCAAUUUAUCGACGUUUUAUCGCGAUUAUACUGGUAGAAAUAUUAAUUUAUAGGUUAAGGUACAGAUACAAGGGUAGUUUUUGUCCCAAUGGUAUGCUCUGUAGGAAGUGGGAGAAUGGCAGUAAUGGCUAGACUUCUGGAAGUGGGUAGGUUCUCGCCGAAUAGAGCAGAUGAGGUAACCCAUCAGAAAUUAGCUGCUCAAAACAUUUACAGAGAAUUACGUCAGGCAGAUGAAGCUAAUUUGCUUGAUGAAGAAGAUAUGCAUGUCUUUGGUUUGAAACCUAUGGCUGAUUCUUUACAUUUGGUAUGUUGCAAUGCUUGUAAGAAGCCAGUAAAAGCCAGUCAAUAUGCUGCUCAUGCAGAACUUUGUAGGUCAUUAAAUGCUACAGGGGAACCUAUGUUGGAUGUUUAUAGUGGUACAGGGAAUAGGAAACCUCCAAGGAAGGAGAGGAAAAAGUUACUUACAGCUUAUGCUACUACACCGGUUGUGGAGCAAGAAAGGCCGGAGUCUAUAGAUGAUGAUUCUUCGUCUUUGUCCGUGGAUGUAAAAAGAAAUUCUGCUAGUGUAGAUACAGCUUCUGUGAUGGUUGCUUCAAGAGGUAGUCCUGAGAUAUAGAUCACUCAGCCUGUG